AUGAGUGUGGUUGCCCAAAUUGUGGCUGUUGUUGUUGUUGGGCAAAUUGUUGAGCAUAUUGUGGUCGUUGUUGUUGAGCAAAUUGUGGCUGUUGCUGUUGUUGAGCAAAUUGUGCUUGGUGGUGUUGCUGAGAAAAUUGUGGUUGGUGUUGUUGAGCGAAUUGUGGUUGGUGUUGUUGAGCAAAUUGUGGUUGUUGUAGUUGUUGUUGUUGUUGAGGAAUACUAG